AUGCUUCUAGGCAUCAUACAAAAUCUCCAACAUCUUCACGACGAGUUACGAUAUUACCAUGCGGCCGCUAUUGUUCAUCCUACCCUCGAAUCUCUCAAACCCCCACCAACCUCCAUGUUUGGCCGUAUUUUUGGAAACAAACCCAAAGAAUCGGCGUUGAAGGAAAUACCGGAAAACCUUCCGCGAGGGCUGUAUCUAUAUGGAGAUGUAGGAAGUGGGAAGACCAUGUUGAUGGACAUGUUUUAUGAGACACUACCAAGUAGUGUUGCAUCGAAAACGAGAAUUCAUUUUCAUAAUUUCAUGCAGGAUGUUCAUAGAAGGUUGCAUAAGAUGAAAAUGGAAUACGGAAAUGAUAUUGAUGCUGUACCUUUCGUAGCAGCGGAUAUUGCGGAGCAAGGAAAUGUAUUGUGUUUUGACGAGUUUCAAUGUACAGAUGUAGCUGAUGCUAUGAUUCUUCGAAGGCUUCUGGAAUCUCUAAUGUCCCAUGGAGUCGUCCUUGUCACAACCUCUAAUCGUCAUCCGGAUGAUCUUUACCGCAACGGCAUUCAACGAGAGUCCUUCAUCCCCUGUAUCAACCUCCUCAAGUCCCGACUACAUGUAAUAAAUUUGGACAGUCCCACCGACUACCGGAAAAUUCCCCGCCCUCCUUCCGGUGUUUACCAUUCUCCUCUAGACGCUCAUGCGCCUACUCAUGCCGAAAAAUGGUUUCGUUUUCUUGGCGACCCUGAGCAAUCCGCCCCUCAUUCAGAAACUCAACGUGUCUGGGGCCGUGAAAUUCACGUUCCAAAAGUUAGUGGCAAAGCUGCUAUGUUCACGUUUGAUGAAUUAAUCGGAAGGCCAACCAGCGCAGCUGAUUAUAUUGAACUGAUGAGAAGCUACGAUUCAUUUAUUGUUACUGAUGUCCCCGGAAUGACACAUCAACAACGUGAUCUCGCCCGUCGUUUUAUCACAUUCAUUGACGCCGUCUACGAAUCUCGCGCCAAACUUGUCCUAACAACUGCGGUUCCAUUAACGCAACUCUUUCUAUCAAAAGAAGAAAUUCAAGAUAGCAUGAAGAAAGAUGCGGAGGAUAAGAGAGGGCAGAAAGAGGAGUCGGCUGAAGGAGAAGACCUUAAUGAUGCAAUGAGAAUGAUGAUGGAUGACUUGGGUAUGAAUAUGAAUAUGUUGAAGAGCAGUAGCAUAUUCAGUGGAGAUGAAGAGAGAUUUGCAUUUGCGAGAGCGCUGAGUCGAUUAAGUGAAAUGGGAAGUCAACAAUGGGUAGAGAGGGGCAUGGGAUUAGAGAAAGAUGGGGGGAAAAGUGAGAAGGAGGGAUGGCAAAAGGUUAGAAGUAAGAGGUUGGAGGAUAGUAUGUAG